UUUGGUGUCUAAAGAAGGAAGUGGACCUGUUGAUGUGUCUGUGGUAGAUCAUAAGACCUCUCUGUGGUGCUCUACAAAGACCCCAGUCACAAAAACUAGGUUGCACUAGCAGAGGUGCCAUUGUUUCUGCAUAGGAGUAACAUGAAUACAAGCUAGACAACAGCACCACUUCCUCCUCUCAGCCAUUAUAACCAAGUCAACCCAGUCAAAUGAGCAUCACUUUGGUUUAAUUUAGUUUUAUUUUGUUCCUCUGCUGAGUAAAUAACGUUGCAUUGACAUCAUAUCUGUAGUCGGUCUGAGCAGGCAGUGUUGGGUCAACGUUUGGUUGUGCAGUUGGUCAGUAUGUGUGGAAGUGUAUCCAGACUUGCUCUGCUGCUGGUGCUGUGGGGUCUAUUCACAGCUGUUGACGUGACUCAAGAGAAAACAUUGGAGACCGGAGGAGCAGAUGCCACUCUUCUCUGCCCAAACCAAACUCUCACUGACAUCAUUGUUGUAGUAUGUCACAAAUAUAGAGUUAUACGUGAGGGUCAUGAGUGUCAAAUUGCACUAGAAUUUGAGACAAAUCAUACCAACAGCACUUGUGACCCCAGAGUCACACUACAGACAGAGAAUGACAGAGUGUUUCUACACAUUACCAACAUACAACCAUCUGAUGAAGGGAACUACACCUGUGUUUGUACACAUUAUAAUGGCAAUUCUGAUAUAAACAUAGAUAUUUCUGUCAAUGGAACCCAAGUGCAACAGGCCACAGACAACAGUCUCUUCUAUUGGGGGAUGAUAACAGGCGUUGCAGCAUGUGUAGCUGCCCUGGUGUUUGGUGGCGUAAUCAUGAGGAAAAUUCAUCUCAGGAGAACACAGCUACAAGUGUCUGGAACCGUCAACGAGGAGGAGCAACAGGACAUGGAGCCCUUCAACAUGUUCACAAGGAGAGACAAUGGGCUUUACUCAACUCUCCAGCUGCCACAUCCUAACCCCUGACCCUCUGGCACCGUUGACCAAUGACGACAUGGCAUUAGACACCUUCUCGUAACAGCUAGCUAUACAGCUAUACGGUAGAGUGGUAGAUAUGCAUUUACUGUGAUUAUUUUGAUUACUGAAAAUGCAAUUUCUUUCUUUGUCUGACUUGCCAUAUAUCAGCCUCUCCUUUACUGUAGAUGUUCUGUGGUUGUUGUAAAUAUCAACACAUAGUGUCUGCAGGCUGCACAUCUGUUAUGGAAAUACAAGUGUUAUAUACAGUACAUGUCUAAAAAAGUAUAGCUGUUCUGUUGUUUGCGGUUAGAACAAAGCAUGUUUCUGUGGAGAUCACCUGAUCCCAAAAUCAUAAUCUUUUCCACCAGGUGUCAGUGUACUGUUGUAAAAUACAAAAAAUGUUCCUGUCAUAAACAUGAAUGCGAAAUCAGUAAAAAUUCCAACUGCCACUGAAUUCAAACUGUAACUUUAGAACACAGAAUAUUAAUGUAGACCUGUUUUAUAGUUUUCUGUUUCCUAUAUAGGCCUGGCUACAUUAAUUAGGGUACAUGUUUAAGUGCAUAUGUUAAUAAAAAAAAACACACCAAACAACUAGUAACUAGCUGGAUAUGAUUUAUUAUAACUGUUUUUCCCCAAAAAUGUAUGUAUGCUGUAGCCUAUGUACUUCUGUGGAUGCAAGGCCAGUCUAUUUAAAGCAUGAGAACUG